ACCAUGGACGACCGCAUGUCCUCCUUCAUCGUCGGCAGCAACUACCAGGUCCUCGACGUCAUCGGCGAAGGGGCCUAUGGCAUCGUCUGCUCUGCUCUCCACGUCCCAUCCCAGCGAAAGGUUGCCAUCAAGCGCAUCACUCCCUUCGACCACUCCAUGUUCUGUCUCCGCACCCUCCGCGAAAUCAAGCUUCUCCGCCACUUCCACCACGAGAACAUCAUCUCAAUACUCGACAUCCUCCGCCCACCAAGCCUAGACGAUUUCAAAGAGGUUUACCUCGUUCAGGAGCUCAUGGAAACCGAUCUCCACCGUGUCAUCCGCACCCAGCAGCUCAGCGAUGACCAUUGUCAAUACUUCAUCUAUCAGACCCUCCGCGCUCUUAAAGCACUCCACUCAGCCGACGUACUCCAUCGCGACCUGAAGCCGUCUAAUCUCCUGCUGAACGCAAACUGCGAUCUCAAGCUUUGCGAUUUCGGUCUCGCUCGAUCCGCGCGACCCCCGCCCAAUGUCGCAAAUGACAGUAGCACGUUCAUGACAGAAUAUGUCGCAACCAGGUGGUACCGCGCCCCAGAAGUCAUGCUCACGUUCAAGGAAUACACCCGCGCUAUCGAUAUAUGGAGUGUCGGCUGUGUUCUCGCAGAAAUGCUCAGUGGCAAGCCGCUCUUUCCGGGCAGAGACUACCACCACCAGCUGUCUAUCAUCUUGGAUAUUCUCGGCACCCCAUCGCUCGACGACUUCUACGCGAUCACUUCGCAACGUUCCCGCGAAUAUAUACGUGCCUUGCCCUUCCGGAAGAAGAAGCCGUUUAGUCAACUUUUCCCCACUGCCAAUCCGCUCGCGAUUGAUCUGAUGGAGAAGUGCUUAACGUUCAGCCCUAAGCGACGAAUUGAAGUAGAAGACGCGCUGAAGCAUCCCUACUUGGAGGCAUAUCACGAUCCGUCCGAUGAGCCCACGGCCGAACCGUUAGAUCCGAGCUUCUUUGAUUUUGACAACGGCGAUCCCCUCGGAAAGGAGCAACUGAAAGUGCUCAUCUAUGAAGAAGUCACAAGACCCCGCCCGCAACCGGUUACUCAGUGAGGAGGGCGACGUACGGAGGGCGGGGGCGAGAAGAGAAUAUACCCAACGCAGUAGUCGAAUAACCAAGUGUGCCACGAUAUAGCACCGGAAUGGUAAAUGUACCAUAAAUGUAUCAAGUAUAAUAUCCGAUGAUGUCAUAUCCUUGCAAUCC